AGCUGGGGAGUUGGUGGCAGCGGACUCGGAGCUUCAGGACCUGGCACAGCCGGGACGGGGAGACACGGGCAGGAGCUUUAUUCCGGGCCCUUCAGCAGGAGGAUUUCACUGACGGCUGAGGCACAGAGCUGGGUUAUUACACACAGGGGAAACUGCUAUUUGGAAUACAGGGAGCAAAGACAGCAGGGGAGUGUGUGACAGUCUGUCACUGACAGACAGCCCAGGAGCACUGAGAUAGCAGAGGGUGAUUGUGACAGACCGAGAACCCUGAGGCAGCAGGUAGUGUUUGAGAGGGCUACAGUGAGCAGAGACAUCAGGGGUGUGUGUGAGUGGGAUUCAGUGAGUAGAGACAGCAGGGGAGUGUGUGAGAGAGGGGUACAGUGAGCAGAGACAGCAGGGGAGUGUGUGAGGGUUACAGUGAGUACAGACAGCAGGGGAGUGUGUGAGAGGGAUACAGGGGGCAGAGACAGCAGGCCCAGGGGACAGGGAGCAGAGACAGCAGGGGAGUGUGUGAGAGAGGGAUACAGUGAGCAGAGACAGCAGGGGAGUGUGUGAGGGUUACAGUGAGUACAGACAGCAGGGGAGUGUGUGAGAGGGAUAAGUGAGCAGAGACAGCAGGGGACAGGGAGCAGAGACGGCAGGGGAGUGUGUGAGAGGGAUAUUUGGAGCAGAGACAGCAGGGGAGUGUGUGAGAGGCAUACAGGGAGCAGAGACAGCAGGGGAGUGUGUGAGAGGGAUACAGGGAGCAGAGACAGCAGGGGAGUGUGUGAGAGGGAUACUGGGAGCAGAGACAGCAGGGGAGUGUGUGAGAGGCAUACAGGGAGCAGAGACAGCAGGGGAGUGUGUGAGAAGGAUACAGGGGGCAGAGACAGCAGGGGAGUGUGUGAGAGGGAUACAGGGGGCAGAGACAGCAGGGGAGUGUGUGAAAGGGAUACAGGGGGCAGAGACAGCAGGGGAGUGUGUGAGAGGGAUUACAGGGGGCAGAGGCAGCAGGGGAGUGUGUGAGAGAGAUACAGGGAGAGGAGACAGCAGGGGAGUGAGUGUGAGAGAGAUACAGGGAGCGGAGACAGCAGGGGAGUGAGUGUGAGACAGUACUGAGACAAGAGGGAAUAAGUGUGUCAGAGAACAAGUGUUGUGAAAAAGAGAGCACAAAGAGAGAUAAAGAUAGUAAGGUAAAAAAGAAAGGAGAAUACUCAGCAAAAAGAGAGACAGUAAGAAGAUAGUGAAAGUCAGUUUGCUAAAAGAGAAGGCACAAGUAGCAGAGAGUGUGAACAUAGAUAAAACACAGAGGCACUGGAUAAAGAGAGAGUGUAAACAGAGAGAGAACAGGUGGCUGAGAGAUAAAGAGGAGAGAGAGAGACGAACAGGAAGUAGUAAGAGAGUGUUACAAUUAGCACAAAGAGACAGUAGACCUGUGUGUGACAUGAUAGGAAGCAGUGAAAGAACAACUGUAAGGAUCCAGCAAUUUGUGUAAGGUGGCAUAAAGAGAGAAGUUUGGGCUCUGUGUAUGUAAGAUACAGGGUGUGAGUGGCUAAACAAGUGACAAGAUAGAGUGCAGCAACUAGUACAGAGAGAUUUAGGGACAACAGGGCUAGCUAAGGGCAAUAGGAAGUUAGAAGAGGUAACAGUAAUCACUGGUUAUUGAGAGGAGGACAAGAGACAUUCAUAAAGGGAGGGUUUGGGGACAUACAGAGAAGGGAGAGCUGUUAAACACACAGGAGAUACAAGAACCAUCUAGCAGGAAAGGCUGAGAGUGCUUAGAGCUCAGAUAGGAGAGAACACAGAUAGAGGGUUGGCUGAGGGAUAGAGAACAACAAGCUCAGGGAUGCUUGCCCAUCUGCAGUAGUUCUGGGUUCCUCUACAUCUCAAGACUCCGCCAGGACCCCUUAUUGUGUACAGUGACUCCUUUGCCAUCUGUGAUUUCCACACCGACCCUUCUCAUAUAAACAUUAAAACCUUUUGGAACCAAAAUGUCUAGAAAGAAAAGUCAGAAGACCAAAAGCAGCAACCCCCCUGCUUCUUGUAGCCUUCCUCACCAUAAAGAGAAUGGUAAGGUGGCCUCUGACUCCCCCAGUAACGGCAUGGUGCUCUCAGGGCGACCUUCCCUCAGCAACAGCGGAGAGUUUUAUGACAUUGCCUUCAAGGUGAUGCUGGUGGGAGAUUCUGGGGUUGGGAAGACAUGUUUGCUUGUGAGAUUUAAGGAUGGAGCAUUUCUUGCCGGUAGCUUCAUCUCCACUGUAGGAAUUGAUUUUCGGAAUAAAGUGCUGAAUGUGGACGGAGUAAAGGUGAAGUUACAGAUUUGGGACACAGCAGGCCAGGAAAGGUUCCGCAGUGUAACUCAUGCUUACUACAGGGAUGCGCACGCCUUACUGCUGCUCUACGAUGUUACAAAUAAGACCUCGUUUGACAACAUUAAGGCCUGGUUAACGGAGAUCCACGAGUAUGCACAGAAAGACGUAGUUAUCAUGCUUUUGGGAAACAAGGUGGACUCUACUCACGAGCGAGCAGUGAAGAUAGAAGAUGGAGAGCGACUGGCGAAGGAAUAUGGAGUACCAUUUAUGGAAACCAGCGCCAAGAGCGGAUUAAACGUGGAACUGGCUUUCAUAGCUAUUGCAAAAGAAUUGAAGCACAGAUCUAUGAAGUUGCCCAACGAACCCAAAUUCAAGCUUCACGACUAUGUGAAAAAAGAAGUAAAGGGUCCUGGCUGUUGCAAAACCUGAUUCAGCAACUUUGUUCAAUCUUGAUUUCUGUAUAAAAGACUGACGAGCGUUCAGCAUCUCCACUGGGACCCCCACCCACCGUCUGCCAGGGUCCAACCAGCACAGCUUCUCCCCUGUGGAUAAUCUGUCUGUGCAUGUCUGUGUUUGUAUAGUUGUGAAGGUAGCAAUCCAAAGUUUUGUGUCAAAGGACAUCUAAAUCGGUUUUAAGCAUUAUGUCUACUUGCGCAUAGCAGCCAUUUUUUCCUUUAACAGGCUGAUGUGAAAUUCAAACACUACUCUAAACAACCAUUUAAACUUGGCGCAUGCAGGCGAACACACAAGUACUUUUAGCCUUCUAUAACCUACAGCCGGUAAGCACGAUGAAACUAGUCAACACGUAACCGUACAUAGAUGUUUCCUAAGACUUGAGAACCUCAAUAUGAAUGUAAGAAUUCCCUCAGCCACUUUGCUGAUAAAUGAUCAGGGGUCAUAAUCUCACAUUUGCAUUACAGAUAACCAUUAUUAUCCGCUAAGCAUUUAGAUGUCCUUCUGACUGCAAACGCAGGUGCUGUAUUUAUCAGCCUGUACAUUCAUGGCUUCAGUGUUUUAUAAGAAGCUUCUUGCUGAUUUUUUUUUUUAUUGUAUAUAUUGUAAUUUUCUGAGCAGCAGUGUUAUUGCAUUUUAUUUAAAAAUGUUAUCACAAUACAUUGUAUUAAGGUCCAGCCAACAUCACGCUGUUCUUGGUUCCCCCUGGAUAAAAUUGACGGUUGAAGACAUUAUGUUAAUUAUACAUAUAUAACAGCACAAUAUGCCAAACAGUAUUGUUUAAACCAGUUUGCUUUUGCCUCUGUACCUGAUUGCAUCAGUCUAACCUGCAGCAACGUUAACAUUUUAUACUCUUAAUUCUUACAGUACCCACAACAUUGUACAGAUGAGUUACAUAAUGUAAGGCCAUUACACAGCUGGUCUGUGGGAUAGCAACUCACUGGUUGAUAAAGCAACAUCGCACUGCUCUAUUGGUUGACAAGAACAUGCCCCACAAACAAAAAAUAUUCCCCCUUCAUCCCAGGAUACUUUUAUUUAUGAAAAGGGACAGUGUACUUUAUUUUUGGUUAAAAAGAUAGAUAACACCUUUACUACCAAUUCUGCAGAUUUACAUAACCAACACUGUUAUGUUAAUAUAUUGUAUAACCUUUUAAAUCUGUCUGUUUCUAAGCCCCUGCAUACCACCUAGUAUCUCAGUGCAUUUUAUUAGCUAUGCACAGCCAGACAGUGCUAAUUCAUGUGUGCCAUAUGGAUAACCGUGGUAUCCCUCUUGUAGAUCCAUGCAGAAACCAGUGCUUAUUGAAUAAAAUGCAAGUUUGUUAUUCCUUUUUAUCUCCAAUUGCAUGUAUCCAAGACUCUGUAGACUACCCCUUAAAUACAUGUAAUCCAGUGUUAAUUUCAUCCACUAAAACUAAAGAAAUUCUGAUGACUAAAACAAAAUGUGCUGUCAAAAUUAACACUUUAUGCAAGGUGUUAGAAUUAAUCCAUAUCUAAUUAAUGUUCUUUUGUAAAAGAAAAACGCAAGGCUAUCUUGUUUAUUUAAUUUUAAGAUAAAGGCACGUUUAAACCUUAAUACCAUAAAUAAAAACAGGUUAAUAAAAAGAGUAUGGGUUUCAGUUAUGCUGUGCCAACUGCAGAAACUUUGAGUUACUUGAUACUUGUUUUAAUUGACAGAGAAGUUAACGUUUUUAUAUUGGGUAAUAUGCGCAAUGGCAUUACAGUUAAAGGGCCAUAAUACCCAAAUGUUGAAACACUUGAAAGUGAUGCAGUAUAGCUGUAAAAAGCUGACUAGAAAAUAUCACCCGAUCUCUAUGUAAAAAAAAAAAGAAAGAUUUUACCUCAAGUUUCGCAGUAGCCACAUCCCAUUGUAAAGGGCUUCUAAGCAACAAAUCAGUAUGUCUGUCCCGGGACAGCGGAAGGGGCGAGCUUACAUGCACUCAUCUUAUUUCCCUAUUCAGUUUAAAAUGAAAUCUCAUGAUACCAAAGUAAAAGAUUUCAUGACCUCAGCACUGCUGAUUGGCUGCUGUUCAUUUUUUUUACCUGCAGCUGGGCAGUAACUUAAAAUAUAACUUUUUACACAGAACUUACUCUGCUGAGGAAAUUGUGAGGUAAAAUAUCUUCCUUUUUUACAUAGCAAAUGCUCAGGUGACAUUUUCCUGUCAGCUUUUUUUUUUUAUAUUUUAAAGUUGCACUUCUGUUUAAGAAACAUGGCUUUAUUUUAUAAAAAGUUAAAGAUGAUUAUAUACAUUACACUUUCACUAAACCCCUUAGAUUUAAGUUGACUCAAAUCUACUCGAGAUUUAGUCUACUAAAACAAAAUCAAAGUUUGCCGUCAAAAUUAACACUGAUGUAAUCAAAGGUAAAGUAUAACAGUUAUGCAAAACUGGGAGUUUGUAAUAAAGGGAUUCUUUCUUUUUAAACAAGACAAAAGUAUACUGUCCCUUUAAUUGCACGAUUAGGUGUGGGAAAAUGUUUUAAACCUACAUUUGUUCUAGAUGGUAACACCUAUCUGCAGGUUUUAUUGUAACAGGGUAUAUUUUGUUCUGUAAAAUGUUUGGGCUGGAUGCUGCAGUGUUGCGAAGAAGGGUUUAACCAUACAUUUUGUUGUCUAUACAAGUCAAUAUGUAUUCUGAUCAGCUGUAAAUAACUGCCAAAAUAGCUUUCUGUAAAGAGUCCUGUUGCAACCUCCUCAUUCGGGGCUGAUCAGACAAGCCGAUAAAAGUACACUACUUUUUGUAUCAUAUGAAAAGGGUAGCAGGUUACUUUCUGCUUAAAAAAUGAACUAAAGAGUUUAAACUAAGUUUCUUUUUUUUACUGAAACUAAUGCAGCCAUUUCAGUUUAUUUCUUUGUGUGAAUUUUUCACUGGCUUAUUCAAACACCCACAGCUAUUGUGUGAGAGGGACAAGACAUUACAAAUCUGACAGUGUUUAAGGUUAGGACAUUAACAAGUCUAAGAUACAGAAAGGUUUUGAAGGGUCUUCUUGGCUGAAAGUAUUGACUACAAGUUCCAGUUAACCAUAAUUUGUGUUUGCUUUUUAAACAUUGCACUGUGUUCCCAUAUUUUGUAAAACAUGUAAAAUAAAAUGGACACGCUUAAACGUAA